UCCGGGGAGACCAGAUAUAGUGAAUGCAGGGUCCGGGGAGACCAGAUAUAGUGAAUGCAGGAUCCGGGGAGAGCAGAUAUAGUGAAUGCAGGGUCCGGGGAGACCAGAUAUAGUGAAUGCAGGAUCCGGGGAGACCGGAUAUAGUGAAUGCAGGAUCCGGGGAGACCGAAUAUAGUGAAUGCAGGGUCCGGGGAGAGCGGACAUAGUGAAUGCAGGGUCCGGGGAGAGACAGAUAUAGUGAAUGCAGGGUCCAGGGAGAGCGGAUAUAGUGAAUGCAGGGUCCGGGGAGAGCGGAUAUAGUGAAUGCAGGGUCCGGGGAGACCAGAUAUAGUGAAUGCAGGGUCCGGGGAGACCAGAUAUAGUGAAUGCA